AAAGGAAAAAAAAAAAACUUUUUGUAUCGAAGGAAUCAACAGCCGCCAUCUUGUCGUGGCUCGGAAUUAGGAUUUCGGUCCAACACUGGGUUUUAUGUAGAAAAACGAGCAUCCUUACCGCGAUAUGACAGCGUCCUUCACCUGAAAACAAAAUCUUAACAUCGCCUCGGAGACAUUUCGUGCGAAAAAACGGGAAUUGGAUCGGUGGUCGUCGGGCAAAAAAAGCUCCGUAUAUCUGAUUUCCCCUUCAGAGUGCGGCGAUUCAGCCCCUGACGCCGUUCAUGAGCAGUAUUGUUUACCGUGGGCAAGCGGAGACCAGAUCGUGACUUUCGAGGUGAUUUGCAAAAAUCCAGCAUUUUUAUGCAAUUGCGUAUUUUUGUGGAGCUUCGCGCGAUUUUUGCAUGAAGAAAUUUGACGUCACGCAAAAUGGGUACUUCGAACACCUAGAAAUUACGACCUUUUCCCCUGACUGCAGCAGUCCACCUGAUUUUACUGGAUUGUCAUUUUGAAGUUCGAUUUGUACAUGGGGAAUAUUUUAUUUUGGGUUAUUUAACGAUAAUAAUGUGGGUGUUGGGUGUUGGAUUAUCAUGGGGUGAAUGGCGGUGGCGAAGCGGGGCGCUAUUGCAUCUCUUUUGAAAGACACGGACUCUCACAGUAAGGAGUAGCUAACGCUAACAGUUAACUUAGCUGGUAGCAGGCAAUUAGCUAGCUAUUAGCCAGUUAGCUAACGUUAGCGGGCUGCCAGUUUGCUAAUGUGUUAACCGGCAAGGUUCGGGUUGAUAAAAACAACUUCCCUGCCACAAGUUAAUCAUCAUAAUCAACUUUUGAGCAAUCAGCCGGACAAGAGAACAACUAGCUAUGGCUGAUAACCUGCUGGACGUCGGACCUCCCAACUCUAAGCGGCCGAAGCUGAAUUCACCUGCCCUGUCAGCGUCUGAAGAGCUCGGGUCACUAUCCUGGGAUGAUCUGGAGAACGACCUUCCAGAUGAGUUGAUCCCUAAUGGCACAGAGCUGAGUCUGAUGGGUGGGAUGCCUUCAAACGUUGGUGCAGCACCAGGAGCUGGUGGGCCAGGUGGCACCUCUGUUGUACCGGAUGCAGCCGCUAAGCACAAGCAGCUCUCAGAGCUCCUUCGAGCAGGUAGCACCUCCAGUGUCACAGGCUCAGGGCUGAACUCAGCUAGCCCUCAGCCAGGCGGUAUGGGGCCUCAGCUGGGCACACCACUCAGAAAGAGCCCCCUUGGCCAGGGUUCCCCCAACAACCACCCGUCCCCCCAGGCCCAAAAAGCAGGAACACCAACUGGAGUAGCAGGACAGAACAACAACAAUAAUACUGCAACAACGGGCUUCAACCAGGCUAUGAUUAACAAUAGCCAGGGCCAUGCUGGGCUCCUGGCCCAGGGAGGGCAGUCCCAACCUGGGCAUGUGAUGAAUGGUGGUCUCGUACCUGAAGCUGGGAGAGGACGAGGAGCAGGGGUGGCGGGCCUGCAGUACCAGGGACAGACAAUGCAGGGUGCUGCUCCAGGACCAGGAGGAGCAGGGAGUGCGUUGGCGGAAACAUUCACCCAGGGAGGGCAGCAGAUGGGGGCUCACACCACCCUCGGUGCAGCCCAGCAGGCAGGAAACAUGAACAAGAUGGGCCUGGGCAGUAAUGGGGCUCCUUUUGGGGCCCAGCCCUACGGUCAGGGUGCCAUGUGGCCCAGCCAGCAGCUAACCCCUCAGCAGCAGCUCCAGAACAAGGCUUCUCUUGCCAACAGCCUGUCACCCUUCCCCAAUGAGCUCAAAGGGGCCACUGUCACUAGCGUGCCAAACAUGCAGCCUCAGCAGCAGGCGGCAAUGCUCCAACUGGCCGGCGGCGGAGGUGUGGCUGUGCCUUCGGCAGGCCCCACAGCCGACCCAGAGAAGCGCAAGCUGAUCCAGCAGCAGCUGGUCUUGCUGCUUCACGCACACAAGUGCCAGCGACGGGAGCAGGCCAACGGCGAGGUGAGGGCCUGCGCCCUGCCUCACUGCCGCACCAUGAAGAACGUCCUCAACCACAUGACCCACUGCCAGGCCGGCAAGUCCUGCCAGGUGGCUCACUGUGCGUCGUCCAGGCAGAUCAUCUCCCACUGGAAAAAUUGCACACGACACGACUGUCCUGUCUGCCUGCCGCUGAAGAACGCCAGCGACAAGCGCACCCAGCAGCCCAUGCUGAGCUCCCCCAAUACGGGCCUCCAGAACCCUAUGUCCUCAGUUGGUGUGGGUCAGCCCAGUGCUCCCACCAUCAAUACUUCAGCCCCCAUAGACCCCAGCUCCAUGCAGCGAGCCUACGAGGCACUUGGGCUGCCCUACAGCAGCCAGACCACUAGGCAGGCCCGGGGGGCCCCAGGACAGACUGCAGGUGCACAGAACGCCCAGCAACAGCUUCCGCAGCAGAUGAGAACCAUCAAUGCACUUGAUCGCCAGAUGGCUCUCGGAGGUGCGACACUUGGCGUGAUUACUUCAGAACAGACAAACUUGCACACGGACUCCCUAACCAACGCACUCAACACUAACAAUCAGCUGCUGUCAGACGGGUCCACUGUGGGCUCAAUGGGCAACCUGCCAACAGCAGCACCCAUCUCUGCCACAGGCACCAGGAAAGCGUGGCACGAGCACGUCACUCAAGACCUGCGCAAUCACCUCGUACACAAACUAGUACAAGCCAUAUUCCCUACCCCUGACCCGGCAGCUUUGAAGGACAGACGAAUGGAGAACCUGGUGGCCUACGCCAGAAAGGUGGAGGGGGACAUGUACGAGUCGGCUAACAGCCGGGAUGAAUACUAUCACUUCCUGGCUGAGAAAAUCUAUAAAAUCCAAAAGGAAUUGGAGGAGAAAAGGCGCUCAAGGCUACAGAAGCAGAUCAUCAACCAGGCACCUAUGGUUGCCCAGGCGACCCAGCAGCCAGGCCUUCCCCAGCCCAGUGCCUUUGGCCCAAGGCCACAGAAUGGACCUGUUCCUCUGCCCAACAUGCCAAAUCAGAUCAUGAACCGCAUGCAAGUUUCUCAAGGAAUCAACCAGUUUAACCACAUGGCUCUGCCCAAUGCCCAGAUAUCCCAGACACCAAUGGGAGCACGAGCUGCCUCACCUAUGAACCACCCACAGCAAAUUAACAUGAGCUCCGUCCCAGCAAUGGGCAUGUCUCCCUCCAGGAUGCCCCAGGCCCAGGGCAUGAUGGCCGGACAUGGUGGUGGUAACAUGGUAGGCCAGACGGCCAGCCAGGGACAGUUUCUGCCUCAGACCCAGUUUCCUCCAGGAUCAACUGCUGGCGCUGCAACGGGUGCCAUGAAUGUCACUGGCAUGGGCCAGCCCCCUGCCCAGGCUGCCGUCACCCAGCUGUCUCAACCAGGGGCGAGUCUGGAUAACCGGGUGCCCACGCCGGCCUCAGCUGCCAGUGCUGACUUGCACUCGCAGCAUAUCGGAGCAGACCUGCCUGUCCAGGAGGUCAAAGCAGAGGCACACCAUGACCAACAAGAGUUUGAGGCUGCUGGAGGCAAAACUGAGCCCAAGAUGGAGACUGAGAAAGACUUUGCUUCAACGGUGGUGGUGAAGAAGGAGGAACCAGAGGAAAAGCCGGAGCCAAUGGAGGUGGAGGAGAAAAAGCCAGAAAUGAAGGCAGAACCCAAAGAAGAGGAAGAGGGUGGAGCCAACGGCACAACCUCCUCAUCCCCCUCUCAGUCACGGAGGAAAAUCUUCAAGCCCGAGGAGUUGCGCCAGGCUCUGAUGCCGACGUUGGAGUCUCUCUACAGGCAGGACCCCGAGUCGCUGCCCUUCAGACAACCAGUAGACCCUAUGCUUCUGGGUAUCCCUGACUACUUUGACAUUGUUAAGAACCCAAUAGACCUGUCCACAAUAAAGCGCAAGCUUGACACGGGCCAAUACCAAGAGCCCUGGCAAUACGUUGACGAUGUCUGGCUGAUGUUCAACAACGCCUGGCUCUACAACCGCAAGACAUCCCGCGUCUACAAGUACUGCUCCAAGCUGGCCGAGGUUUUUGAGUCGGAGAUUGACCCUGUCAUGCAGGGCCUGGGAUACUGCUGCGGCAGGAAGUACGAGUUUUCCCCUCAAACCCUCUGUUGCUAUGGCAAGCAGCUCUGCACCAUACCUACUGGAGGCACAUACUACAGUUACCAGAACAGGUACCAUUUCUGUGAGAAGUGCUUCAACGAGAUCCAGGGGGAGAGUGUGACGUUAGGAGAUGAUCCUGCACAGCCACAGACGAUGAUAUCAAAAGACCAGUUCGAACGGAAGAAGAACGAUGUACUUGACCCUGAACCGUUUGUUGAAUGUAAAGAUUGUGGACGGAAGAUGCACCAGAUAUGCGUCUUACACUACGAGGUCAUUUGGCCAUCUGGAUUCAUCUGUGACAAUUGUUUAAAGAAGAGUGCAAAAACACGGAAGGAAAACAAGUUCUCUGCAAAACGGCUGCAAUCGACACGAUUGGGAAUGUACAUAGAGGACCGUGUGAAUAAAUACUUGAAGAGACAGAACCACCCAGAGGCCGGAGAGGUGUUUGUGCGAGUGGUGGCGAGCUCCGACAAAACGGUGGAAGUAAAACCAGGCAUGAAAGCCAGGUUUGUGGACACGGGUGAAAUGCCUGAGACCUUUCCCUACAGAACCAAAGCACUUUUUGCCUUUGAGGAGAUUGAUGGCGUGGACGUGUGCUUUUUUGGCAUGCACGUGCAGGAGUACGGCUCUGAGUGCGCAUUCCCCAACACUAGACGGGUCUACAUAUCAUACCUUGACAGUAUUCACUUCUUCAGACCUCGGAUUCUACGAACUGCAGUGUACCACGAGAUCCUAAUCGGCUAUCUAGAAUAUGUCAAGAAACUUGGGUAUGCCCAGGGCCACAUCUGGGCGUGUCCGCCGAGUGAAGGAGACGACUACAUCUUCCACUGCCAUCCUCCUGACCAGAAGAUCCCCAAGCCUAAGAGGCUGCAGGAGUGGUACAGGAAGAUGCUGGACAAGGCCUUUGCUGAGAGGAUUCUGCAUGACUACAAGGACAUCUGCAAACAGGCGACCGAGGACCGUCUGACCAGCGCUAAUGAGCUGCCGUACUUUGAAGGCGACUUCUGGCCCAACGUGCUGGAGGAGAGCAUCAAGGAGCUGGAGCAGGAGGAGGAGGAGAGGAAGAAGGAGGAGAACACCGCUGCCUCUGAAACUCCGGAGGGUACACCAGGUGACAGCAAAAACGCUAAGAAGAAGAACAACAAGAAGACCAGUAAAAACAAGAGCAGCGUGAGCCGAGCCAAUAAGAAGAAGCCUGGGAUGCCGAAUGUAGCCAAUGAUCUGUCCCAGAAGCUAUACGCCACCAUGGAGAAGCACAAAGAGGUGUUCUUUGUGAUCCACCUCCACUCCGGUCCCAUGGCCAACACCCUGCCACCCAUCGUUGACCCUGACCCCAUGCUCUCCUGUGACCUGAUGGAUGGCCGCGAUGCCUUCCUGACUCUGGCCAGGGACAAACACUGGGAGUUCAGCUCCCUCAGGAGGUGCAAGUGGAGCACCAUGUGCAUGCUGGUUGAGCUGCACAACCAGGGACAGGACCGCUUUGUCUACACUUGCAACGAGUGCAAACACCAUGUGGAGACACGCUGGCACUGCACUGUGUGCGAGGACUUUGAUCUGUGCAUUAAUUGCUAUAACGUGAAGGGCCACGAGCACCAGAUGGUGAAAUGGGGCCUUGGCCUGGACGACGACAGCAACGGCCAGAGCGGAGAGGCCUCCAAGAGCCCACAGGAGAGCCGGCGCUUAAGUAUCCAACGCUGCAUCCAGUCCCUGGUCCACGCUUGUCAGUGUCGCAAUGCCAACUGCUCUCUGCCGUCCUGCCAGAAGAUGAAGCGAGUGGUGCAGCACACCAAGGGCUGCAAGCGCAAAACCAACGGGGGCUGCCCUGUAUGCAAGCAACUUAUCGCUUUGUGCUGUUACCACGCAAAGCACUGUCAGGAGAACAAGUGUCCGGUCCCGUUCUGCCUGAACAUCAAGCACAAGCUUCGCCAGCAGCAGCUGCAGCACAGGCUCCAGCAGGCCCAGCUGAUGAGGAGAAGAAUGGCCACCAUGCAAGGCAGAACCAUGCCGCUACCAUCCCCACCGCCCUCAGCUGCUCCCAGCACUCCCACUUCUCAUGCCCAGCCGAACACUCCUCAGACGCCCCAGCUGCCGCUCUCCAACCAGCCGCAGACCCCCAACUCAGCAGGCGUCAUGUCCCCCUCUUUUCCCAGCGCACCUCGCAAUGGCCAGCCUCAAACACCAGUGUCCCAGGGCAAGCCCGGGCCCCAGGCUUCCCCUCUACACCAGCAGCAGUCGCCUCUCCCCCAGCCGCCCCAGCCACCUCAGCAGCUACAGCAGCAGCCUCCCCUUGCUGCAGUCAAGAUGGCGCGGCACAUCGAGAUGAUGGCACAGGCCCAGCAGAACCAGCAGAACUACCGGGUCAACAUGAACGGCUUACCCAUGAACCCCCAGCAGCCACAGCAGCGUAUGACCGGACCAAUGCAGCCACCCAUGCAGAUGGUGCCAGGGCCCCGGGGACCACAGGUCAUGCAACCGGGCAUGCCCCAAGGUCAGUGGUCUGGAGCUGCAGGGCCGAUGCUGGCAACUCAACAACCAGGCCUUGUCCCAGGCCAGACCAUGCAGCGCGCCAUGAUGGCCCCCGGGCAGCAACCUCAGCAGGGCCAGAGGCUGCUGAUUCCACAGCAGCCUGGUGCCCGGCCCCAAACGCCCCAGAGACCUGGGGCUAUUGCACCCAACGCCCUGCAGGACCUCCUCCGCACCCUCAAAUCUCCCAGCUCGCCCCAGCAGCAGCAGCAAGUCCUCAACAUCCUCAAAUCAAACCCUCAGCUAAUGGCUGCUUUCAUCAAACAGCGAACAGCCAAGUACCAUGCCAACCAGCCGCAGCAAGCAGGUCAGCAACCGCAACCCGGCAUGCCAACAAUGCAGACCGUGUCCAUGCCAGGGGGUGCGGUGCAGAGGCCGGGGAUGCCCCCACAGCAGCCGCCUGUGCAGGGCAUGGCUGCAUUAGGGGCUCAAGGGCAGCUGAUAAACGCAGCACACAACACCAACCCCCAGAUCCAGGAGCUCUACCGUCGGCAGCUCUUAAGGCAGCAGCAGCAGCAGCAGCAACAACAACAACAACAACAGCAGCAGCAGCAGCAGCAGGGGGUGAUGCCUCAGGGCCAUCCUGGCCAGUUCCCUGCUCAGGCGCAAGGUACAGCAGCAACGUACUCCCAGCUUCGCAUGCAGCAGCAGCAGAUAGCCAUGCAGGCAGGUUCAGGAGCCGCUGGAGGACCCAUGGGCCAGCUCCCACCCAUGGCUCAGAUGGCCCAGCCCGGCAUGGGGAUGGACUCCACCAAGAACUUGCUGCAUCAACGAAUGCUCGAACAGCAGCAGCAGCAGCAGCAACUUCCCCAGCAGGCCGUCCUCAAGCAGCAGAUGGGCUCUCCUGCCCAGCCCAGCCCUAUGAGCCCCCAGGCCCACCUGCUGGCCGGCCAGCCCCAGGGUGGAGCCCACCUCCCCGGCCAGCCCACACUAGCAAAUACCCUCAGCAACCAGGUCCGCUCCCCAGCGCCAGUCCAGUCCCCCUGUAUGCCCUCGCAACAGCAGCCCCAGCAGCAGCGACCACAUUCCAGUCCCUCGCCGCAGGUCCAGAACCAGCCCCAGCCCUCGCCGCAGCACCCACACCCACCCCACUCGGGUUCUCCCCACCCGGGACUCGGGGGCCCGCUGUCAGGGUCCAUGGAGCAGGGACAUUUGGGGACACCAGAACAAAGCGCCAUGCUACCGCAGCUUAACACGCCCAACAGAGGGGGGCUGAACACUGACUUGGGGAUGGUGGGAGAUGCUACAGGGGACACUCUGGAGAAGUUUGUGGAAGGAUUGUAGCAUUUCUGCUUGGAACUAAAGAACACAAUCUGUCUCCCAGGGACCCAUCCUCUCUUCCUCCUAGUUUCCCCUCGGAGUCUUUAUCCCGUUAGAGGGCUUUGUUUGUUUUUUUUGUACUGACAUGUAAAAAGUUUCAACUGUUGUAAAAAGAAAAAAAGAAACUGGUUGAAAAAACAAAAAUGAAAAAAGUCAACACUUAUAGGGAAUGUAAUUGUUUCCUAAAAGUUGCUUCGUAAAUGAAAUUUAAAUCACAAAGAAUAUAUUUUUUGGUUGAGACCAAAUGUGUUCAAUACUCUUAUUUUUGUUUUUGGAAUGGGUUCAUGCCUUUUUCGUUCCUUUUUUUUUUCUCAAAGAAAAUGUACAAUUGCAUUAUAUUAUUCAUAUCUUUUUAUUUUGUACCUUUGGAAAAGAAACUUAAAGCAUUUUGUGUUGAAACUGUAAAAUAAUUUGUGUGGGAAUUGGGCCAGGUUUUCGUUCUCUUCUCAAGCUGUCAUUCCUGGCUGUCAUUGUAAUCUAGUGUUGUACUGGUUGUACUAUUACUCCAAGACGAUGCGUUCAGGGACUGUUCCCCUCCUCUUUGUGUGUAUGAAGAGCACUCAGUUGUAUUGAAAAUAGGAAAUGGACUGCGGCAGUUGUGUAUACACAGGCAUGUAUACAGGCACACAUGAAGACACUGACACAAACCCUCACAGUCACUAAAGUAAUUACAGCUCCGACUGGUUUCACAAACACAGACACCAAGGACCGCAACCUACAUCUCUGUGGCCUGGAAUUUGGAAAAAUCCGUCUUGCGGGUGUAGAACAUUGUUGCUUUGACAUUAAAAAGAAUUUGUCAUACAUUUUUUGUCAUACAAAUGUUGUAAAGUGUAAAGAGAGUGUGAGAAAAAGACCAGCCCCCUAAGCUGAGGUGGAAUGAUCACCGGUUGUUUGUAGGCCACAUCUCUGAUGGCGCCCCAUCCUCUAAAUUUUACACUAAGCUGUGUGCUAUCUAGGGAUGAAGGGCACAUUUGAGAUUCACCCUGAGGGAAAACUAAAUGUUAUCAACCCUCAUUCCUCUGUCACAAAAACUUGAAUUUGGGGGGAGGGAUUUACUUUUUUCUCCUAUUGUAAAUCAAGUUAUUAAGCAAAAUACUAUAAAUAUAAGGAAGAGCGAAUGACAUCACUGUAUAAACUGGUUAAAAGACUCAUUUCUUACUUAUAUACCAUAUUGUUAAAUAAACUGUGUGCAGCAGAAGAACUCCAGUACUCUGUUGACUAAAUAAUGAGGCAUCA